AUGGAGAAGAGCGGACCGGCGAAGGAUCCGAAUAAGGAUCCGAAGGCGCCGAAGGCAAAAGCAGCCGGCAAAAAAAACAAGCAAUCGGUGAAGAAGGAGAAUCGCAACAACGAGGACCCUGCGCUGACCUCAGUCAUUGGGAAGGGCGAAACGCCUGACCUCGAUGGCGAAGAGCCUGAAAAGCCGCUUCUCGCGAGCGCUGCAAGCACCUGCUCCCAGGGCUCCGAGUCCGAAAGAAAGGCCACGACCGAAGUUGAUCCGCAGGAUGUGACGAGGCUAAGCGGGAGGGCGACAAGACGAGAAGGAAGACAACACGGCCCGACCAUCUCUGGUGACGAAUAUCGUAACGACAAUUUUCAGGUGAACCUUAAAAAGCUACUCCUCAUCUUCGGAGUCAACCUGUGCAGUCCUUUCGGUUUUCUUGUGGUGUGCCUGAUCGUGACCAUUGACGCGUGCAACAUUUGGCGCCGCCUCAGCGUGAUGAAAGUGUCGAGGAGCACUCAGAGAGGUCAUGAUGAUGGACGAGUUCAUCACAUCAGAGCGGAAUUGACAAGGGCACACGGUUACCGAAAGGUAUGGUGGGGAGUCUUGAAGAGAAAUUACUAUUACCUCGUGCACCAAGCUGCAGAGCACUCCUCCUCGACGAUCGUUUCAUCUAUGUUGAACGUUUCAUUGCUGAUUUCAUACGUGUCCGGGCAUUUCAACAACAUGUCCCCUGAGUACCUCAUGGAAGCCCUUUUGCCGCGAUGGCUGAUGAUCGGAGUGUUGCUUUCAGAGGCCACCCAAUAUGUCAUGAAGUCGCCAGACGACCUUGACAACUUUGACAGCGCUGCAGAAAUUCGUGACGCAGUUGCAAAGCUCCUGAAAAUCCACCGCCCCAAACUGCCAUUGCCCAGUGAAGAGACAGGAGAUCCCCAUGUUUGCUUCGCGAUCAAAUCCCCGACUUGUUUCAGCUACACAUUUAUCCAGGAUGAGCCGAAAGGUGAUGGCUUUGCACUAUAUGAUGAUGCCAUACCGGAAAUCGUAGAGGUGAUUUGUCCAAAGUGGGCGAGAUCCACCCCUCUCAGGGUGCCAGUUCGAAUGUGGCAAGAGUGGAAGGUUUUGAAUGGUGUGAACCAUUUGUCUAAGAUGGCGAAAGAUGCGAGGAGAUCUACCAAAGGAGGGGUCAACGCCAGUAGCAUAAGUCAAUCAAAGCCGGAGGAUGAGCGAUCGGUCUCCGACACUGCAAACGCACCGCAGAAGCUCUCGGAACAGAAGGCAAACCAGAUGUUGUUCAUCCAUCACCUGAAUGAAGCCGUUGUUGAUAUGGCUCGGCUGCAACUGGCCCUUGGGGACAUUGCGCAUGAGACCUUAUUGCGGCACAUCGUCCGCAUCUUCGACUCCACAAUUAAGUUGCCUUUUCAGAAACCUAGUUUUCAACUGAAGUCUGGCUCGGAGUCUGACAAGACUGAACAAGAAGAGUCCGAACAAGAGGCAUCUGGAGAACUGAAGUUUGACAAGCAUUCUGGAACCAUCUACCCCACAGACACUGAAGAGGCGGACCGCGACUCUUUCUCUGACCAACUUACCACUACAGAACAUAAAAUGUCCUUCGCGUACAAGCAAGCUUUGGAGGAGGGAUGGAUGCCAGUUCAUGUUCUGGCAGAUCAGCUCCUUUUAGGUGGGGUGGUUCCGGCCAAUUCAUUUUACUAUGUGAAGGCUACGUGCAAGUGCAUUGCGAAUGCCUUUGGGGUCGCUUUGAUAGCUUAUGCAGCGAUCCUUCCUGCUGUGGCGGGCACGACCUUUGGUGGUAUUGUUCGUACUUCAUUCAUCCUGUUUGUCUUCACGAACGGUUCUAUGAUGUCUUUGUGGUACCCCACUCAAUUGCGCAAACUCUUCUCGCAGAUGUCGGAGUCCGUCAGGAUGUUCAACGUAAUGCUGAUGGGCCGGAAAGCUGCUGGGGCAGAUUUUCUUCCACAUAUCCGAGUCGGCAACAUUGAUGACAUUGCUGGUUGGUAUUUGCUUUACUCGUUUUUCAUCGCUAGCUUUCAGCGUCGGAAGCUCGCUUUGGAACUCGGCUUCGGCCAUGGAGUUCUUACAGUGGUGGUCAUGUCGGUGUUGGUUCUUGUUCUAUUGUACACGGGAGAUACUAUCGAGAAGCCUCGGACAGUGGUGUUCCUCUGCGAGACAUUUACUUUCCUGCUUGCCUUUGCCAUGUUCUCUGUUCAGCCGUUGCUCGUGGGCCUCCGAGCAAACCUCUUGAACCGGAGAACCGUCGACCUCCUUUGGGGGCAUGCAACGGAGUCGCGGGCAUAUCUUUGCAAGUUGGAAAAGGUCCUUGCCAACCUGGCAGAAGAACAGAAGGUUGAAUCUGAGCAGGACACACAGGAGGAGCUCAAACGCAAGAUAAAGGAUGCCGCGGCUGCCGCCGAGUUGACUGAGUCAAUCGCUCAGAGAACAAGAUUGGACACGACACUUGUGGUGCGGACCUUGGGCAUGGAGUUGACCUUGGCCCAAUUCACAGCUAUCGCGUCGAUCUGUUCUACAGCCGCGAUCUAUGCCUACAACAAGCUAAAAGAAAAAGAGGACCAGGUGAACAGUGUUUUUGUUACUGCUGUCUGGCUCAUGCAGGCAAUGUGGAGUACGCUUUUUGGCUUCACAAAGCAGUGA